GAGCCCAAAAUCAAGAAUGGUUCUAGUGUGCAGUCAUUAAAAAAAAAACGAAAUAACCCCCCCAACAAGUUAUUGUUGCAGGAGUUAAUGCGAAGUUUUCUUGGAAACUUGUUUGCUCCUGUUUGUGAGAUCGAUGUUAUUCUCAAUGAUGCUGAAACACGAAAAACAGCAGAAAUCAAAACAGAAGAUGGUAAAGUAGAAAAGCAUUUUCUCUUCUAUGAUGGAGAAUCUGUUUCAGGAAAGGUGAACAUCUCCUUUAAGCAGCUGGGGAAGAGACUGGAGCACCAAGGAAUUAGAAUUGAAUUCGUAGGACAAAUUGAGCUCUUCAAUGACAAAAGCAAUACCCAUGAAUUUGUAAACUUAGUGAAAGAACUGGCCUUACCUGGAGAGCUGACCCAAAACAGAAGCUAUGAAUUUGAAUUCAUGCAGGUUGAAAAGCCAUACGAAUCCUACAUUGGUGCCAACGUCAGACUGAGGUAUUUUCUAAAAGUGACGAUAGUGAGGCGGCUGUCAGACUUGGUGAAAGAAUAUGAUCUGAUUGUUCACCAGCUGGCGACGUACCCAGAUGUAAACAACUCCAUUAAAAUGGAAGUAGGCAUUGAAGACUGUCUUCAUAUAGAGUUUGAAUACAACAAGUCAAAGUAUCAAUUAAAGGAUGUGAUUGUUGGAAAAAUUUAUUUCCUCUUAGUGAGAAUAAAAAUUCAGCACAUGGAGUUGCAGCUGAUCAAAAAGGAGAUUACUGGAAUUGGACCCAGUACCACAACAGAGACUGAAACCAUUGCAAAGUAUGAAAUAAUGGAUGGUGCACCAGUUAAAGGUGAAUCAAUUCCUAUAAGACUGUUCUUAGCUGGCUAUGACCCAACUCCAACAAUGAGGGAUGUGAACAAAAAAUUUUCAGUGAGGUACUUCUUAAAUCUAGUGCUUGUGGAUGAAGAAGACAGACGAUACUUCAAACAGCAGGAAAUAAUUUUAUGGAGAAAAGCUCCUGAGAAGCUGAGGAAACAACGAACAAACUUUCACCAGCGAUUUGAAUCUCCGGAGUCACAAGCAUCCGCUGAGCAACCUGAAAUGUGAACUGGUAUAAAGUGAAAAACUUUGCGAUGCUUCAGCAGGUUAAAGAUGGCAGCAGCCUGUGGGAAAAGAAGGCCAAAAUUCCCAUUACAACUGUCUUCCUUCAUCUUGCAGUGCUGCAUUUACCAUACUACUAAAGCAUUCUUCAGUUAAACAUUCAAGUAUGUAUAUACAUUUAAAAUAAAGUGCUUUCUCAAA